AUUAUCAAUGAUACUAUGAAAUUCAAACAGUGCAGUUGGCUAAAGUGAUUUAAGUUAUGAAUAUAGUGAGAAUAAAUAAAAUUUAAAGCCAACAGUUAAAUCUUUCAUGCAUAAAACCGACGAACAUCAAAGUGAAUCUGUUUGGGAUAAAAUAAUGCAAAAAUAAUGAUUUAACAAAAAAAUCAAAUAACAAAAAAUCAUAUACUAUGUAGUUAUUACUAUUUUUACUUUCUUUGUAACUUACAUUACUUGAGAUUUUGACUGUUAAUGUUGAUGACUCCUAGUUGUGAAUUCACAUUUCCAUACGAACGAGAAAAAUAUGAAAGUGAAAGAUCAUUUGAAUUAAUGGAAGCAUCGGAAAAUGUAUCAGCAACCACUCAUUAUGGAUUCUUAUAAUUUUGUGUCGCCGGAAGGAGACUACAAUGUUUCCGACGUAAACAAUCGAUCAGCCACCAUAUUUGCCAUCAAUCCGGAUUUUAUUGCGCAAUGGAAGCUUAAGAGGAAACAGGAAAAAAUAUGUGGAGAGUUCGAUUCGCAAUUGGACAUGUUAAAUUAUCCUGAAUGCUUAAAUAUACUUGCUAAUUUCCUCGAUUUAAAACAAAAAAGUAUUUCAAUUGUGUCGUCUGAAUUUCUAAAACCAAUUGGAUCAAAUAGUAGACUAAAUGGGAGCGACUUCAGUUUUUCGCUGGACACCACGCUCAUUGCGACUGGCGUUAGUAGUAUUAAAGAAUUUGAACAUUUGAAUUCAUAUAGUAACUUCACUCUCUUCAGUUGGUCAAAUGAAUCCACACAUUCUUAUGGCAACGAAAGCUCAAAUUAUUUCCCGGGUGAAAAUUUCUCCAAAGUCCCUUAUCAUUUUGAUAUCAUUGAUGAAAGCAUCAUGCAAGUGUUACCACCUUUUGAUCUUUGGCAAACAAUAUUUAUCGCAAUUUGCUUAGCAAUUUGUAUAAUUCUAACCAUUGGUGGCAAUAUACUAGUACUAUUAGCAUUUAUUGUUGAUCGAAACAUAAGACAACCAAGCAACUACUUUAUUGCCUCUCUAGCUGCAACUGAUAUGCUUAUCGGAACUGUGUCGAUGCCUUUCUACACGGUGUAUGUGCUAAUGGGAUAUUGGAAUUUGGGCCCUCUACUCUGCGAUCUUUGGCUCUCUGUAGAUUAUACUGUAUGUCUGGUGUCGCAGUACACAGUUCUGCUCAUAACAAUUGAUCGGUUUUGCUCAGUGAAAAUAGCUGCUAAAUAUAGGAGUUGGCGAACCAAAAACAAAGUCCUCUGGAUGGUUACAAUUACAUGGAUUAUUCCAGCCCUGCUCUUCUUUAUAUCAAUUUUUGGAUGGGAGCACUUUGUUGGAUAUCGCGAUUUGCUCCCUGGACAGUGUGCAGUUCAGUUUUUAAAAGAUCCCAUCUUCAAUACUGCGCUCAUAAUUGGAUAUUACUGGACUACCCUCGUAGUAUUGUUUGUAUUGUAUGGAGGAAUCUACAAAACUGCUUAUGAUAUGCAAAAGAAAAGUGAAGCCAAGCAACGUAAAAUGCAAUCUAUGGUUGCACUCAGCAGUGCCAUGACAGGUAUGGCUAGUCGUACUGCAGGUAUAGGAAUUUCUAAAACUCAAAGUACAUUACUAUGCACGGAUAAACCAAUGACAUCUUCAUCACCUUUAGUACAAAAACUUGAGGCAGCUACUGUAUUAUGUGCUGGAGACGAAGCGUUUCGGAAGUUUGAUUUACAGAUUCAAUCAACAACCUCGUUGCAGUCAACGUCCAUUAAUAUACAUGUGUCACCAUCUAACAACGAUAAGAAUUUCAGUAAAUCUUUAGAUCCACCAGUUUUAACGAGUGAAAAGACUAACGAAGGUAUAAUCAUCAGCAACGUAUCACAUGCACUAGGGGAUUACAGGGUGGAAAAAGCUACGGAUUACGAAGAAAGAAUCGAAGGGGAAAAAAGCGAACGCUCAAGCAGUCCCGCUUUUGAUUCAGAUGAAGAGCAUUCUACAAAUGUCAAACAAGUACAGUAUGUAAAACCUUCCCAUAAGAGAUCAUCUGUAGCAGGAAUGUUAGUUGAAGCAGCCUCUGCCUCUGUACUUACAUCUAAUAAUGCAACUUCUUCAAUAUCAUCUGGAAACAAUUUAUCUACAUUACCUAUCAAAUGUUUGUCCACAUCAAUAUUCGAACAGAAAGCACUAUCUAGCACUAAUGAAAAUAAUAUUUUAAAUUGUAUUACUAAUAGUCAAGCAAUAGAUCAAGAAUUAUCAUUUGCACCACACUCUGUUAUAUCGCAGACGCAGAGUUUGGCCAAGGUUUCAUGUAAAACUACAUGUUUACAGCAAAUACUGGAGGAUUCAUCGUCUAAUGGAUUUCAAAUUGCACAUGUAAGUCAUCUUAAAUUAAGAGAGGAAAGACCACAAAGCCCAAUAAGUAUAGAAGAUACCACAGGUACUUCUGAUCCUUUGAAAAGCUUGGACAGUGCGGAUCUACGUUUCAUGGACGAAAGUUCUAUUAUGUUGCCCACCCCAGAAAAUGAAAUUAAUCACUCAGACAAUUCAUUUACUUUUCUAGAUGAUGUUGCACAUUUAAGUAAAUAUUCUAGAUGUAGUGCUCAGAACAUAGCAAACCCUACACUCUUGCACAAAGCUCUAAUUCAGGCGACUGCUCAAUGCCCAACCCCUUCACCAACAGUCCUGAUACGUUCAUCUUACUUGAACAUGGACUUAGUGUCUCCAGAAACAGCAACAAACAAAAACAUAACUUAUCAUCAUGCACAAACAUCAAUGGAAGAUAAAAUGAAUAACACCGCCGUUACUGUAGGUACAGAGAGUGUAGAAAAGUCCAAAACAAACCUUUCUUCUGCAUGCUUUAAAUUAAAUAAUACAAAUACCAAUUACUUUGAGGAGCAUCAAAACCUUCAAACCCAAAAACAAGAUAAUGAUGACACAUUUAAAUUGUCAUCCAGAUACUAUGGUAUUUCAAAUAUAUUGAAUGCUGCUGAAGAAGAUUCCCAAAAUGUAUCGACUCAAGCAUGUAGAGUAUUGUCCAACAUUACAACAUCAACCGCAACUAAUUUUGGAAAUACAUCGAAUUCAAAAAAGUGCUUAGAACGAGAAUCCUCGAGAAAAAAAACAUGGUUUAUUCAAUCUAUUGGUAAGCGUUUGAAUCAAGGUAUGAAAACCCCAAUAGUUGACGUACCAAUCGGUGGAAUUAGCCGACAAAAAUCUAAAUCUGAAAACCGUGCCAGAAAAGCGUUCCGAACUAUUUCGUUUAUAUUAGGCGCAUUCGUAGCUUGUUGGACGCCUUACCAUGUAUUGGCCUUGGUAGUGGGCUUUUGUUCAAAACCACCUUGCGUCAAUGAGCACCUAUUUAUGUUUUCAUAUUUCCUUUGCUAUGCUAACAGUCCUAUGAAUCCUUUUUGUUAUGCCCUUGCUAACAAACAAUUUAAGAAAACUUUUACGCGCAUAUUGCGAGGGGACUUGCAUAUGACAUAAGCUCUAAUUAUCUCGUUGCAAAACAUUAGCCAAAUAUAGAAAAAUUUAAAGAAAAAAACAUCAACAAACAUAUAGGACAAUAAUGAUGUAUAUAACUGAAAUUAUUAGGUAAUCGUGGCGGAAUGUGAAGAUGUGAAAAAAGAGAUAAAAUGUAAUAGGCGUAAAAUAUAAAACACGAUAAAAACAUUAAAAAAAACCCGUUAAAGAUAUUAAAGACGACCAGAAAUGUUACGAUUAUUUUAGUAUAAGCCAUUUGUUACAAAAUACAUUUCAAUAUCAGCUCAGAAAUAGAUUUGAUUAAAAUAUCAACUGAUUUCUCCUGCCGGCAUCAGUAGAAGCUUCUGAGAGAAAUUAUCUGAGAUGUUUAUCAUAAAGUUAAAAACUAAAUUUCUAGUUGAAAUGAAACUAAUUACACCUUACUCACUAUACUACAAGUCCUGCUUACUAAUAAAAAAUUACAGGCGUCCUCCAAGUAACGACCACCUUGAGUUACGACGAUUCGCAGAUACGACGAUUUAGAUUUUGGGGUUAAAAGUUGUCAUUGAGAAGAAAUUGAUAGGUUUUUUUUAAAUUCCUUAAUAUUAACCGAUACACACACAUUUCUAAAGAUUUCCCAACUACCCGAACUUAUAUAUCUAUAUCGUGUAAACGGCGUUUGUAGUAAAAUUACUAAAUAAUCAUUGUUUUAAAUAAAAACAACAUGAUAUCAUGGUUUGAACUCUUCAACUUCGGUUAUAAACUUUUAAUUUACAGAUAUUCGACAUACGACAUUUUCGACGUUCACCUUGCUUUGCGACAUUUUUUCGGUCUCAAAUACAGUUGUGUAUCGGGGGACAGCUGUACAGGUAUUAAAUCAAACAUGUAUCAAUAAAAACAGUGCUCUCCAACCUUUUCAGGGUCGUGGACCACUUGGCUUUAAAAUUACAUUUGCCGCGGCUCACAUCUAUUGAUAGCAUAAAUUUUGUAUACGUUGUUCAAAGUUUUUAAUAAAAAUAUGGUUAAACCUUAUUACAAUCCAUAUCGUCAACAUUUAAUUUUCAACAUGCACGUCUAGAAUAGGCUUUACUCAAAAAAUGAUUUUUUCUCGGAUCGCUUUUGUUAACGCCGCGGACUACGAGUGAUCCGGAGACCACAGG